CCUAUGUAUCCUGGGGUGAACCAUAGCAGGUCCGAUCAUGAUUGAUCUGUUUCCUGAAUGCACGUUCUUCGGUGGACCGAUCCCGCUAUUUCACUGGGAUCUCCGAGGCCUCCUGACACACAACUUCCAUGUAUGGCGAAAUGUCCAACCUCGCUCGCACACAAGUGCUCGCCUGUAUGCCGCUUAUGCCUCCCUCUCCAUUCCAUACUUCAUCUCGGAUGGUGAUCUCUGCUGCCUACCGAGGGCUGUCUUCUCGAGCCCGCCCACGACAUCGUCGUCACGUCCCUCCAGCUUUGCGCGAGGUCUGGAGUUUCCGUGCUCUCGUGGAACUGAACGGCAAGACGUUACACAGAAGUGCUCUAUUUUCGUUGAUCAUCGCCGUUCCCACAAUCACGACUAUCGACUUGCGUGAUAUUAGAGCUGUGAAGUGGCGACUCGACGACAAGUGAAAGGAGUGGGAGGGGCGCGAUGCAAAUGCAACAUUAGAUACUUUUACGGCUGAUUUGUUCCAGCUGUUCCCACCAACGUUCAAGGCUGAGCUGGAGGUUCGUCUGAUAAGCAACAGCAACUUCGAACAGACGCGAGGCCCGUGCGGCUGUGCCGUCUCCACCUGCUGCCGCUUCAAGAAAACUUCCCAGUCUUUAUUGUAAGAACAAGGUCCCAAAUAUGCGUGUUUGCUGGUCACCUCCUUACACUCAGGUUCCCGAGUGCGCCAGAGAUCAGCUUGAAACUUCCCACGACGCGCCUCUCAGGGCAAGGCCGCGCUGUGCCAUCGCAUGAUGGUUGCAUCACGUGCGCGUGGUUAAUCAAUCAGCGGCGUGGUACUGCUCCGGUCAGAAUCUCUACUUCCAUGUACAAGCGACUGACGGCGGCAACCCACCCUCUCUAUCGAGCGGUAGGCCCAUUUUUUAUUUGUAAACCCACCACCUUCAUCUACAACAACUGCUCGGCUCCUGCUUACGCCGUUCCCAUAGCGGGACGACCGUGGGUCCCACGGGAGGCGUUUGCGCGAUACACGCUAGCAUAACAUGAUCGAGGCGUAGCUCUGCUGAGAUGAAAGUCGCCAUUGGCUAUCCCACGAACGUGCGCGUGUGGGAGUGUCCCAGCGGCUGAACGUCCGUCGGCCCUAACGGGGUCGACGGCAAUGGAUCGCAGCGUCCCUCGCUUUCCCCAGUGAUCAUGGUCGACGCUGCCUCUGCCCCCAGACACGACCGCCUAGAUACGCAGGCGACGGUCGUAUCCCCGGACGAUGCGCCUGCGCCGACGACGUAUCUGGGCUCCAGCGGGACGAAGCCCGCGAACGUGAUCCCGCCAGACCACCCGCACCGGACCCUGAUAGUGUGCUUCGACGGCACGGGCGAAUCGUUCGGUUCCGACAACUCGAACGUGAUCCAGUUCUUCUCGCUGCUGCCCAAGGCCGACCGCAGCAAGCAGAUGGUGUAUUACCAAACGGGGAUCGGCACGUACACUUCACCCCAGAUCAUGACGCCGCUUCGCGCCAAGUUCGCCCAGGCACGUUUCGCCCCUGGCAUCUCCUUGCUGGACGAGGCGAUCGCAUGGAGCCUGGAUGCGCAUGUGAUGGGUGGGUACGAGUUUCUCAUGCAGAACUACACCGCUGGUGACCGGAUCUGCAUCUUCGGGUUCUCUCGGGGUGCCUACACCGCCCGCAGCUUAGCGGGAAUGAUCCACAAGGUCGGACUGCUGCCGACGGACAACGCCCAGCAGGUGCCUUUCGCGUACAAGAUGUACACACGCACGGACGAGACGGGGUGGAAGCAGUCCAACGCGUUCAAGAAGGCCUUUUCUAUCGACGUCGACAUCGAGUUCCUCGGAGUCUGGGACACGGUGAACUCUGUCGGUAUCAUCCCGAAGCGCCUGCCUUUCACGACGUCGAACACUAUCGUCCGGACCUUCCGGCACGCCAUCUCCAUCGACGAGCGCCGCGCCAAGUUCAAGGCGAACCACUGGAAUCGGCCCACGGCGCACGAGCAGACGCUGGGCAUCGCAGGCACGAAGCCUGCUGCAUCCCAGAACAUCGAGAUCAUCCCUGGGAGCGGGAAGGGCCAUCCGAGUGAGCACAAGCAGUCGUGGCGACACAUGGAGCGCCAGUACUCCAAAGCGUGCGACCAAUUGACCGAUGUCGACGAGGUCUGGUUCUCCGGGUGCCACUGCGAUAUCGGCGGCGGGUCGGUCGACAGCUCGACGCGGCACACGCUGGCGAAGAUCCCGCUGCGCUGGAUGAUCCGCGAGUGCUUCAAGACCGGCAGCGGCAUCAUGUUCGACGUGGAUGGCUUGCGCUCCGUCGGCCUCGAUCCAGACAGCCUCUACCCCGUCGUCAAGCCCCGCCCGGCCGCCCUCCCGCUGGGCGACCUCAAGAUCCGGGCGGUCCCAUCACCGUCCGCCCCGCUGCCCGAUCCGACGCCAGUGCUGAGCGAAGAGGAGGAGGACCUCCAGGACUCGCUCUCGCCGCUGUACGACGUGCUCGCCACGCCCCUGUCGCUGUGGUGGAUCCUCGAGUUCUACCCGAUCGAGGAACGCUAUCAGCGGCUGGACCACGAAGGCUGGGGCACGUACCUGGGCUUCAAUCUGGGCCGCGGACGGCGCGUCCCGGACGAGGGCUCGGCGGGGGUCCGCGUCCACCGCAGUGUCAAGACGAGGCUCGAGGCCGCAGCCGCGAGCGGAGGGUACGUGCCCAAGGCGGGCGUCGAUUUCAGUCGUGCGACGUGGGUUGAUUGAGGGAGUGUCGUCCCGUCCCGUAUCUGCCUGUGUGUAACCCGUUCCGUCAUCUGUAAUUCCAAAGUUUCAGCCAGAACCACAUGCAUUGGCAUGCCUGCGAAUUGGCGAAAGAGUGACAUAAAGGUUCAGUCAAGACGGAAAAUGGGUAAGACAUGGCCAGCCACCGUCAACACCAUAAGCCACAUCGGAAUCCAUUGUUCUCGAGAUCAUACCCCGCCUCAUCACACCACGUGCCGGGCCUCCGCCUUCGUUGCUCUCCAAACCCACUCUGCUCCAGUCCGCGCGAGCAGACGAGAUUUGCUAACGAGUUGACGACGGAAUCCACGUGGGGCGGCCAUUGUCUCUGACGAGCCAAGGCGCCACAUCCAGCCUCGUGCUGAUAUCGUGUCAUUGCCACCCUCCCGCACCACUUUCUACCCACUACGUGCAUAUAAACACACACACAGCUUCCACGAACUAAAGACGAUCUUCAUACGAUAUGCAAUCCACGAUGGCGCAGAGUGCCACCCUCACUGGCGAUCUCGCGCGCCUGUUCGCCGGGCUCGAGCAGAAGCGCCCAGACGCGGGGGCUCUCGUCGAACACCCCAUGCACCAAUACCAAUACCAACACCCACCCACCCUCACCGCGGCAGCCCAUCCCCUGGCGCAAGUCAGAAACUGGGUACUGCAGCGGUGGAUGCGGGAGCAGCUGGGUGGCAAAUGGACGCCGCCCGCUCCCCGCACCAAGGGACACCAGAUCGGAGGCAGCAGCAGCAGCAGCCCCGCAGCGAGCAGAAGCUUCUCCGAUGCGUCGUCCUUCACCAGCUUCGCCAGCACCGUCCCCGAGUCGACCGAUCCCACCGACAACGACGGCUCCCCCGCACACGGGAAGGUGGCAGCCAGUCGGCAGGCGGCAGAGAAGCUGGAGACGUCCGCUAUGGGGUCUCUGGCUUGCGAACUCCUGGGCGCGAAAGCCCGCGAGGGCCUGGCGUGGGCGGCUGAGGAUAAGCGCGCGGUGAAGAACUCGGACGACGUGCUGUUGAUCCUCAACGACGGGGAGAUCGACGCUGGGGACUGGACGAUGGGUGUCCUCGGAGCCGAUGCACGGGAUGCCCUGCAGGCGUGCGGGACGGGUCCAGUGGACUCGGAUGACAUCCUGGCUGCGCUCAACGCUCAUCUGCCCACCUCCAUUUCGGUACAGGAAGAUGAGAGUGCUUCUACGAUCGAGGAAGCGAAAACGCGAUCGCUUGCGGAGGGACGGAACGAAGGUGGCGGGAGCCAAGUCGUAGAAGAUGCGACGGGCGUUCUCGCAAGGUCGGGCGGUGCAGCCCUGACCAAGAGCAAUAUCCAAACCAUGGAAAGCCGGGAGGAAUCGACUCUCAUGGGGGCAGGAGACGAUUGGAGCUGCCGCAUCGGCUGGACGCAGGGUCCCGCGGAGGAUAUCGGCACCGACCGCGUCGGCGCAGAGAGGCGAAACGAGCAAGGCAGCGGGAUCAAAGCAUUGGAUGCGGAAGCAUGGUCGCCAUGCAGCUUCGAAGUCGGAAACGUCGGGGCACGCUCAUAUACCGCGGCCGGAGAAGGAGUCUGCGGUGGCUUCGCCAUGUUUCGCGCUGAUGAGAAGCGGUCCGUAUAUGCGGUAGGACACGACGACGACACCGAGUCCUGGAUGGGUGAGGUGCCCAUCGCCGUCCGCGUCGCCGAGUACGUGCUGCGCUGGGAUGACGACGAGGAAUAAUGGAUGGGUGGCUGUCCCCGUCCUUCUAGUGUUCAGCGUUGUGCGCAGACGCAGACGACCUCAGCCGCGCCAAGGCGCAGAUGCAGACCCCUAGUCCGUGUCCCUCGUCUUCCUUUGUCAUAUACAUAUACAUGUACCUGUACCACGGAUUGUGAAUCAGCCAGUUUGCGACCAGAUAGGAGGAAGAUGUGUUGAGGCAGCGACAGCUGCGACGCUUGAGCUUAUUGGAACUCGUUUCCUCUCCUCUUGUCGGGUUGUACUCGAAGAGCUGAGUGCUCAGAAUGAAGUCAGAAAGUGGAAACAGUGGGUGAUCAGGG